CAGGAAGAAACAUCACCUUACUCCCUGCUCACUGUAAGAAUCAUAAAGAUGAGAAAUGCUCAUCAGGCAGACUUCUGAUGGAUCAGCCCUUCCAGUUGCCUCUGGAAAAGUUCUUGUUCAAGAUCUGAGAAUCUCUUUGGUGUUUACUUGGCUCAUGAGGAUUGGAAUCCUUGUAGUAAAUCCAAGUUCCUUCCCUUCAUCUGCAAGUUGCAAAGCCUUUCUGCCUCUUCUUUUUUCCUGAGGAGAGAGGUGGAGUAGGAAAUGGCUUCCAGGUCUUUCAGCAAACACCAGGAAAAGGAUCCCUGGCUUCCUAUUGACUUACUGAAGGAACAAUGGUACUGUUAGUAGAUCUCUCCCUUCCUACCCCACCUAAGGAGACAAUACUCAAGAUGGGUGGGAUAAUUAAUUUUUCUGUCAUGGAGGAUUAAUAGCAAGGCAUGCCAGGUAGUUAUUAUCUGAAUUGGACUCAAACCCUGAUGCUUUUAAGAUUUCUCAUGGAAUUAAAUUGCAGACAUGGAAAUACGAAUUUGAAAAGACAAAUUUCUCCAUCAUAUUCUCAACUCGUUAGUGUUUUUUUUUAUUUAUUUUUCUAUACAUAAGGGUUGCAUGUAAAAAAAAAAACAAAAAAAAACAUUAUGAGCACAUAUAAUCUUGCACAUAACAGUUAUGAAGAAAAGUCGGUGAGCAUAAAAAAAUACCAGGAUUAAGUUUGCUUCUGUUACACUUGUGAGCCCCUACAGUCUCUCCGCCUUUCUUGGUUGGUUCCUUUACUGGGGCUGGCACCUUCUUAUCUUGCUAUUUCCUUGUUUCAGCUGAAAUUCAUUUCUUUGCUUACUGCUCAUGCCAGUCUGGUACAUUUGGUGCUGCUGGCCUCAGAGGUCUGGCUGGAUGAGCAAUGGCCCACUCUUGCCAUGGAGACAACUUGCAUCCCGUUCUUGUUGUCUCUUCUCUGUCCAUCAGGGAGACUCAGGCUGGGAUGUGUGUACUGUAAGAUUUUUUGCUGUCGAGAUCUAGCAAACACUUGAAAGUAUUUAGUUUGCCAUACGGUGAUAGUAUGAUCAAAUACAGACAGAUUUCUACGUGGCAAAUUUCUUCUCCUGCAAAAUUACCAGGGAGCUGAAAAAAAUAUUGAUAAGGGGUGAUAUAAAAUUUCUGGCUGCUUAUAUUAUUAUAUUACUGGCUAGAACUGUAUUUAAAUAUAUACAUGGGGAAUUGUGUGUAACUAUUUGGAUACUCUGCUUAUUAAAAUAGUGUUGCAAUGAACAACAAGUUAUCUUUAUCUAGCUCUAUGAUUCCUAUCUUCCUGCAUGGGCCUGUGGAUAUGAGAAAGAACUGGCCGUCUCUUAUCCAUCUUCAAACUAUAGAGCCCUAUGUGCCUCCAUCUUUUAUGUUGUUGUUGCCCUGCCAGACAUUUUGUGCCUAUAUUUCUAUAGUAAGCCAAUCUGAUUGCUAUGUGAGUCUCUGGUUGCCAACUGCUUCAGAUGAGAAAUUCCAAACAAAGACCAUCAAGAACUGCAGAGAUCCUGUGUGGAAUGAAACAUUCUACUUCCGGAUACAGAGAAAAGUCAAGAAUAUUCUAGAAAUGACUGUUUCUGAUGAUGACGUCAUUUGUGAUGAUGAUCAUGCUAUUGUUCUUUUUGAUGUAGCUAAAAUUUCCCUUGGGAAAAGCGUGAUAGUGGCAUUCCCACUGAAUCCACAGGGGAGUCAGGAGCUGGAAGUUGAGUUUCUAUUGGAGAGCAUCCAAGAUCAUCCUGAAGCCAUCGUCACAAAUGGGGCAGUAGUGUGCCGUGAGCUGGCCUGCUUGGAAGUUGAGUUUGACAGAAGGGUGAAAAAAAAACACUUUGCAGAGAAUGAGCUAACGUUUACAGUGAGAGGAUCAUUUGAAGAAACGCAGAGAGUUUCACUGGGCUCUGGCUCCCGUUCCCCUCUCCCAGAUCCCACUCUCUUCCACUACGCCAAAUACAAGCAACCCUCACUGGAUGUUGCACUCACAAAGAAGAGGAGGAUUCCCAGCUUUUGUGCUUGUGUGACAUGCAGAGAAAGGAGGAGCAGAAGCAUUCCCCUGACUUUACCUCUGAAGUCGCUCCCUUCUGAGCAGGAAGCAGUUGGCAAGCACAGAAAAUUUGGUUUGCUCUUAAAGACGAAAAAAUGCCAGGAAGACCUCGAUGUACGCCUGGGCUUUGACUUGUGUGAGCAGGAAAAGGAUUUCAUUUGCAAAAGGAAGAAGGUUGUUGCGGCUGCUCUGAAGGACAUUCUUCAGUUGGAGGAGGACUUGGAGGAUGAUGAGGUACCUGUGGUGGCAAUCAUGACAACGGGUGGUGGAACCAGAGCUCUGACAGCCAUGUACGCUCACCUUCUGAGCGUGCAGGAACUGAAUGUCUUGGACUGUGUUUCCUAUGUCACUGGUCUGUCUGGCACAACGUGGACCAUGGCAAACUUGUAUGAAGAUCCUGACUGGUCGCAGAAGAAUCUUAAGAAAGCACUCGAUGAUAUCCGAAGGCACGUGCUUAAAAAUAAGUUCUUGGCUUGUUUUGCUCCAGACCGUCUGAAAUACUACUUGAAAGAGUUAUGCCAAAGGAAACAGGAAGGACAUCAGAUAAGUUUCACAGAUCUGUGGGGACUCAUCAUUGAAUCUAUGUUCCGUGACAAGGAGGACUCCCAGAAGCUCACAGAUCAGCAGCAGGCACUAAACCGUGGUCAGAAUCCCCUGCCCAUCUACCUCUCCCUCAAUGUGAAGGAUAAAAUCAGCGACCAGGAUUUUAGAGAAUGGGUGGAAUUCACUCCUUAUGAGGUAGGUUUCCUGAAGUAUGGUGCCUACAUUAGUGCAGAAGAUUUUGGCAGUGAGUUCUUCAUGGGUCGUCUGAUGAAGAAAAUCCCAGAAUCCAGAAUCUGCUUUUUGGAAGGGAUCUGGAGCAGUGUAUUUUCCCUGAAUCUUUUGGAUGCUUGGUACAUAUCCGUUCAUUCAGAAGACUUCUGGCACAAGUGGACCCGAGACAAGAUUACUGACAUAGAUGAUGAAACCCUGUUCCCUAAAAGACCAAAUGAGCUGGAAACUCGAGUGGUUUGUCCCACCGACAGCUUUUCAGACAUCUUCCGAGAUGUCGUCACGUUACGUCCAGCAGCUUCAGAAAUCCGUAACUUUCUAAAAGGCCUCCAAAUGAACAACAACUACCUAGAGAGUGAAUUUUCUAAAUGGAAAGACUGUGAGCUUGACUCUCAGCCCAACCACCUGACAGGAGCAGCAGACUACCUCAUCUUGAUUGAUACUGCAUUUGUAUUUGCUACCAGUUACCCACCACUCAUGAGACCAGAAAGGAAAGUGGAUGUCAUUUUGCAUUUCAACUACAGUUCAGGUUCCCAGACAAGGCCUCUGAAAGAAGCCUCUAAUUACUUUGCAAAACAAGGAAUUCCUUUCCCUAAGGAGGUGCCAGAUGAUCAGGAAACACCACAGCUGAAGGAAUGCUACAUUGUUGGUGAAAAAGAGAGCCCAGAAACCCCUAUUGUGAUAUUCUUCCCACUUGUAAAUGACACCUUCAGGGAAUACAAAGCCCCUGGGGUGAGACGUAGUCCCUCAGAGAUGGCAGAGGGUGAUGUUGAUGUUGCCAAUAGCUGUGGUCCAUACUACAUAAACAACCUGAGUUAUUCAGAGGAAGAUUUUGACAAACUGGUGAACCUGAGCUACUACAAUGUCCAGAAUAAUAAAGACUUGAUUCUCCAGGCCUUGCGUGCAGCAGUGGAACGGAAAAAGCAGCAGAAGAAACAGCAACCACUGCAAAAACCACCACCUGCUAGUGAUGAUGGCAUGGGUGUGCCCAACACAGAGGCGUCCCAGCAUCUGCCCAACUACUCAGCAGUAGGAAAAAUGAAAUAAAACAUCCACAAGCACUGCUAAGGAAAAAAAACAAAAAAGAAGAAAGGAACUUGCCUAGGUAGCGAAAAGCCAAAGAAUGCUGAAAACACUUUGUUUGUCAUCGGAAGUGCUGCAGCCUGUCUGUCAGCGUAGGGCAUAAACACACAAAGCCGAGCUCUUCCUUAAUGAAUUAAUGUGCUUCCCUCGCUGACAAGUCCCGGAGCAGGGCUGGGUGCAAGGUGCUGUGCUCUUGCUUACGGACAUGACCCUUCAGGCCAAGGCUGCAUUCUAUGGACAUGAGGGCAUGAGGAAGCUGACACUGGCUGCUGGUUUUCUACCUGCACUGUAGUAAGAGAGGAGCAUAAGUCCAGAACUGCAACAGAGAACAAAAUCCAUUGUUUCUAAAUCAAAACCUAUUUGGGAGCUAAGGAUUCUCUAUGUGACUGUAAAUAAAUAUUAAACUUUA